AUUAGGUUCAAACAUAUCAUUUAAGCUAUGCAGAAGCAUAUAACAAUAUUGUAGAUACAUUUAUCAAUAGGUUGCAUGUGCGGAAAUUUUAAUACAUAUAGCCAUCCUGGAGUCCGUUCACUUGAGUGAAAAUGAAGUAUGUGGUCUUCGUCACGUCUCUUCUCCUACUAUUAGAAAAUGUCUUCGGAAAUAGACGGGAUACGUUUAAGAUAUGCGGAGAAGAAAACAAUAAGCCUGUAACCCACGUUAUCAACAAAGCCGUUGAUCGCCUAAUGAAAUUGCGGCACCCAUCAUGGGGAUGGACAAAUACACCAGAGGUUGUAUUGGGAUUACAAUUGUCGGCUCAGAAUAAAUUUUACGGACGGAGAAAAUCUCUGGAGCAGAUGAGAAGUGAAAUUGAUGACGACUAUAAAGAGAUGAGCAUCGGUAAGUUGGCACAAUACAUACUUGCAAUUCAAUCGAUGUGUGAAAACCCAAGAAAUUUUGAUGGAAGAAACCUUCUGAAAACAUUGGAAAAGCGGAUACGAAAAGAAAAUCCGGAUGAACAGUAUUAUAGUUUUGGUCUGGCAUUGGGAACUGUUUGUGUGAAUGGAGGUCAUAUCAAGAUGUCAGUCGUUAGGAAUUUGUUGAAAAAGCAAAAUGAAGAUGGAAGUUUUGGCGACAAACACUCCGUUGAUGAUGCCGCACAGAUGAUCCUUGCAUUAAAGUGUGUCGGGUCUGGAGUUCGACCACGAUUUUUAAUGAAACGCGUUAGAGAAUCGGUAAAGAAAUUGGUCAAUUUCUUGGAUUCCGAAGUUAAAGUUGUAGAACAGAAUACAUUCAUUGGUAACAAAUACUCGUCUCCUCUAUCAGCUCUCGCCUUACGUGAAGCCGACAUUGAUUCUACGGACACUUGGAAAUGCAAGGACGUGAUGAAAAGCCUGACUGGUUUUGAUGUACCAGAGACAGAGGGUGUUUUGUCUCAGCGUAUACCAUCUCUGGCAGGCAACAGUUAUCUUGAUUUGGAAGUCGGGUGGACAUGUAAAGCUGAAGUCUCCAUACCUCAAGGAUAUCAACCAAAAUGCAAUCCUAUUGAUCCACAAACCUGCUUUCCCAACGUUGUUGGAGGAAUUCCGAUUAGCGCUAGGUUGACGAUUUUUACUAAUAUGCCCCAUGCAGUUAAUGAAAAUCCGAAUACAGAUGUUUCUGUUAUCAUCAAAAACGGUACAACGUUGCACCAAGCAAUGAUUGAAGCACAAGCCGAUGGGUUGAUAACGUUCAAGACGGUUUCAUAUUCGUUUGGAGAAUCUGUCACAAGUCUGCAAGGUGUAAUGGCUGAUUCGAGUGCAAGACAAUACUGGGCGAUGUUAAACGGAAAAACGGGUGAAAUUCUACCAGUGGGAAUAAGUGCUUACGUACCACACGACGGAGACCAAAUCAUAUUUAAGCUGCAGACUUACUAGCCUUCUUUCAAGGUUAACAGUUCUGCUAAUAUUACACCGAAAGAUUACA